UCUGCUUUGGCCUACCAAACUGCUUCCAUCUCUGAGUCCCCAGGGCUCGAGUUGCGGCUAUCUCGUUUACGAACGGCACAAUUUGCCGCGGUGGAAGCUUGCCGCAUGCUGCGACGCCGGUCGAUCUGCGAAAAUACGACGCUUUCUAUGACAGAUAUCGCUUGGGAAUUGCUAUCUGCCAGUUGGAGCUUAACAGCACUCACUUCUUCUGCUUCCUAUUACGUUUUGCUUCGCCCAAUGCCUACAUUGGCUGAUUCGCCUCUACUACCAAAACCAUCAAUUUCAUUAAAUUCGUUUGCUGUUGAUGAGGCCGAGGGUCAUCAAGAAGCACUGAACGUACCAAAACAUGCUCACGUGGAAUCUGCUUCCUGUCAGGCAGAUAAUCCGAUUGAUCUGACAGGCUCCUAUGGACCAUUAACUGAGCGCCUUGCUAACUCCGAAUUUCCAUCUACAGCUUUUGCGACGGAAACACCGCCAAUGGCAUUGUUGGUAGUGCGAGGUCAAUUUCUUCAGGCUUUUUCCAGUGGGCUUACGGUUAUUCGAGAAGCAGUGGCCCAAUUAAAUAUAGAUUAUUCAAGAUGGGUAAGUUAUGCCGUAAAGUAA